AUGGUGAAGUGUUGCAAAAUGCCAAAGGAGAUGAUGGUGCAUAUCCUAUCAAUAUUGCCUCCCAAAUCGCUGGUCCGAUUCAAGUGCGUCCAUAAAUCAUGGUCUGCUCUGAUCAACAAUUCUUCGUUUGUAGGCAAGCACCUCCAGUUGUACAACCAACUUUCCUCCUCCACUAGCAUCUUGCUCAAGCGUUCUGUCAAAAGUAGAACCGGAACUAACAAUGAGGAAAUUCUACUUUCACUCCUUAAUCUUCGCAAGGAUAACGGUGACGAUGAUGACCUUAAUCCUAUUGUGGAGGACUUUCAUUUGACGCCUUAUAUAGGAAUACUUGGUAAAGGACCAUUUAUUGAGGUAGAACCUGGUAUACACUCCAACUCUCCAAGUACUGAUUCUUGGAGAAACAUCACCAUUGAUUAUUUAGAAACAGAAACUACCAACUUUUGGCCUGAUGUUUUCCAUGAGUACUUCAAGGGAAUUUGUUAUUGGUUAGGACAUGAGCAAAAUAAGGAAUUCACCGACCUAAUUGAACAGGAAAUCAUUAGGCAAGUGAUCGUUUCGUUUGAUAUGAGUAGUGAGAGGUUUCAUAUUAUAUUGCUGCCAGAUAGAUUCUAUAUACCAUCAGUGCUUAUUAAGCGUGAUUUGCACAUUGCAGUUUGGAAGGAAUCCAUUGUGUUGGAUAUGUAUCAAUGA